GCUAGCUGUGCCGCUCCGCCUCUAUUAUCAGUCGAACUCUAAAACAAUUUACCACUAAUUAGACCAGACUUACCAGACCACUAGCAUCCGAUAUACUUCCAUCCUUCAACAAGAAAUACCUUAAACUUAAACCCUCUCUUCAUUGCUUUUCUUACAUGCGUGUUGGCUUAAUAGAUCCCCGCGUUGGUUACUUUUCGCGGUCUACACAUUCUCUAGAUUCUGACUUGUUUCUUGUGCCAGUCAAACUCCAACAGUCUCUCGUUCUUAAUCCCUUACCAACUAAAUUUAGCGUCAGCCCUUUAAUGUUACCAACGUUACGAAUUUAAUUGACACGACACUCACAUGGACGAAAUAUUGACAUUCUAAUCGAUCACUAACUUGAGAGGUUUAAAGAUACAUUCUGUUACUUGUAUUCAAAAUGGCCGACGUCGAAGAGCCCAAGUUCAACACCCUCGCGGAUCGUAUCGCGGCUCUGAACCAGCAGAAGAAUUUCACAAGUCCUCCAACUGCUGGGAAAAGACCACCCCCACCACCUCCUCCCGCAGCCGGCAAACGUCAACCGCCUCAGAUUCCAGCCUCGAAAGCGAAUAAUAAUGUCCCGUCGCAAAGUCCUAGCCUACCUGCCCGGCCUCAAAAGCCAAACCCUCCAAGUCUACCGCGACGAACCAAUACAUCCGCGUCCGCCGUCGAAUCCCUACAGGGACGUGAUGCGCCACCACCGCUUCCGAAUCGCGCCAGUACUAUGCAACCAUCACCUGCUCUUCCAACCCGCAGACCAUCAGCACAACCAUUGCACAGCAGAAGAGGUUCUAACUCGUCCGAAGUAUCCCACGUUUCAACAAUUUCAAACCUAUCGUUGAACCCUGCCUCAUCUCGCACGAGCACAACAUCCACCGACACACAACCCGCUCGAAGAGUCCUCGCCCCAACGCUAGAUCAAGCGAAAUUGCCACCCCUCCCGCCAUCGAGAAAAGAAAGAGAGGCACAAGCCGUGAGGGACGCCGCAGAAAAAGAGGCUACCGAAGUUGUUAAGGCACCUCUUCUAACGUCACGCUCUGCUCCAGCAGUGCCCGCUGUCGGUGGAUCGCGACCUGGUCUACCCCCUAGACUGCCUUCAAGACCCGGAAAUUCUACCAUGCAUUCGCAAGUUGAUGAUAGCCCUUCUGUAACCCCACGACGUCUUCCUCCUCCGCCUUCGGCAUUUGUGCGCCCAAGCACUACAUUCGAAUCGUCCUCGAGACCCGGUCCGCCUGGCCCAAGACCAGGGCCGCGGCCCAGUGCAGACGCCCCGCCGCCAGUCCCAGUCAGCUCGCGACCGACAUUCGCCCAAAUCGACGCAGUCGCCGAACGAACAACUGCUGAUUGUUUAAUAUGCCGAGACUUUUCGGGUCCCGAUAGCGUAGCCGCGCAAUAUCCUAAUCACUCGCUUCCAAGACACGACCCAGUCGGUUACUUAGCAAACGUGCUUUGUGGUCCCUUUUCAUCAGCCACAGAUAAAGCAAGAGCUAUCUUCACUUGGUGUCACCACAAUAUUGCUUAUAACGUAGAAGAAUUCUUUGGGAAGUGCAUUAAGGGUAGGAAUGUGGAUGAUACCAUAUUCUACGGGAAAGCUGUUUGCCAAGGCUACGCAGAAGUAUAUCAAGCAAUAGCGCAACGCGCUGGGUUGCAAUGCGUUGUGGUCGGUGGUCAUGGAAAGGGUUACGGAUACAAACCGCUCGGGAGAGGCGAGGCGCCUCCACCUAAGGAUCCUUCAGGACACGCCUGGAACGCGGUUUGCAUAGACAAUGGCGAAUGGAAAUUACUUGACGCUUGUUGGGGUGCAGGCUCAGUAGGUGACCAGAAAUAUCACAAGCAGUUUAAACCACAAAUGUUCUGCUUAAGCAACGAUUUGUUUGGUCUCAAGCACUACCCGAGGGACGACCGAUAUUUCUUCCGGAAUGACGGGCGCAUCCCGACUUGGGAGGAGUACAUGAUCGGACCAGUUCAAGGCGAGAAGGCCGAGUUCUUCGGCACGGCAAUGGAUGAGGGUAUGUCCGAGUUCAAUUUUAGCCCCGCCCUGAAACACAUCCCCGUUUACAGCGGUGAGGUGGUACGGUUCCAAUUAUCUAAGGUCUGUGAACACUGGAUCCCUGAGCGGCAUGGGAAAGGGAAGAGUCAUCUGCUACUCAUGAAGAUCCAAGGAGUAGACGGCAGGAAGGAGGAUUUCGUGCCUAUGCAGACGGAUGGGUUUUGGUGGUGGGCGGAUAUACCGGCAAGGGAUUUGGGUGCUCCCGGACAGGGCAUCUUCUUAUAUGCGUUGGCAACGCUGAAUAACAAGGAUGCCAGAGGUGUUUCAAAGGAGGAGUAUUAUCGAACUAUGGCUAGCGGUAGCUAUAGCAUGAGCUGGGCGAUUUAUGCUAAGUGGGAAUUGGUGUAAAUGUGUGUAUUAGACAUGGCUUUGGACGAAAUAUUGGAGAUGACAUCUCGGAUACCCCUUAAUAUUUUAUACAUUGCUCGAACACAUGGCUCUUCACUUGUAUCAUAUCUGUAUUAUAAUUGCGUAUAUAAUGUAUUAUACGUCCUCU